GAAGAAACAGGGUGGCCUUAGAAUCGUAUAUCAUCUCAACUACACAUUUAAACCUGUUUUUAUAUUUGUAAAUACCACUGCAUAGCUGUCUAAAAUGUACAGUUCAAUAAACUCUGGUAAAACAUCACUGAACUCUAAAAUGCUGACAAGCACAUGUCCAAAAUAUGACUGAUUUUUGUUCUUGUCCCUCAUUCCUCUUGUUCUUUCUUAUCCCUUGCUUCUCUCAACUCUGGCUGCAUUCUCACCCAGAGCCCCGGAGGACAGCUUAUCCAGAUCACAAACAUUAAGCAAACAUGUGCCACAUCUGAUAAUGAAAAAGCAGAGAGACAGAUGCAGAGAAAGAGAAAGAGAGAGAGAGAAAGGGAUGAGGGAGAGUCUCUCUUCUGCUGACUGGAGGGUAUAUAAGACAGUACAUCGUCUCUGUGGUCAGUGUUACUGAAACAUUUCUCAUCCAGCAUGCAGGAUCACAAUCACAGAGGGGCUCUUCUCGCCUGCUGCCUGGUGUGUUUGGUGCUUGUCCAGCAGGUGACCUGCAGUCCUGUGCCAAAGUCGGACACACCUUCAACCUCUGUGCAGGAAGUUCAGAGGUCACUGAAGAGAACAGCUCGAACGACCCCGUUAUGGAGGAUCAUGGGUACUAAACCUCACGGCGCCUACUGCCAGAACAACUAUGAGUGCUCGACAGCAAUAUGCAGGAAAGGCCACUGUUCCUACAGCCAACCAAUUCACUCCUAAAAUGAAGACUCCUACCUUCUCUGAUCUGACGUUUCGACACCAUCAUGCAUGACGAGAGCUUGAUUCAGUGAGCAACAGGAGGCAACCGAAUGUGCAAUGCAGUUAAUCAUCACUUAGACAUAAAGUAUAAGCCACAAAUGAGGCAAUAGGUAAUGUUUUGCAAGAUUAUGCUUAUAUAAGGUACAUAACAUGUGAACUCUUUUCUUUUGAGAGAGAACAUAAACCUCAUAAUCCACAAUGGUAUUGUUAUAUACAAGAAGCAUUAUGAGUGGGAUUUUCAAUAGACAUAUUUAAGGUGGUGCUGGGAAGGUGAUAACAGUUGUUGGGGCCAGUUUCCCCAAAGCAAAUGAAGUCCAGUCCCUGUCCUGGAUGUCCACAGAGCAGAGUAUAGCCUUUGGCACUAAUAGCUCAUCUCAUCUUCAAACAUAGAAACUGGUCUUCUGUAUUAGAUCAUGUUACGUGUAAGCUAUAUAUGCAAGCAUAGGCAAACGCAUCCUCUAGUGCCUUAGCUCAACCCGAAUGUUGUUGAACCAAAGAUAGUCUGGAGAAAAAGGGACAGAGAAAGUGCAAAGGUUGCCAUUAUUGAUUGUGCCUAGAUUUUAUUAACCAUUUGCCUCCAUCCUUUGCCUUUAUCUGUUUGCUCACAUUUGUUUUAUUACAUUUUAGACUUAUUUACCUGUCACUAUUUAUGUUGUUGAGCGUCUCCACCUCAUCUAAUAGAUCAGGAUUUACAAGCAUCGUUUCAGUAUGGGACUACUUAUUUAUUGUAUUUUUUCUUUUCAUUUUGUAUGACUCAUCUGUUCAUUUAAAGGUCAUUUACGUAUCUGACUAUGUAAGUCUUUAAGAUUUAUAUGUUAUAUUUACUGUACUGUAACUUUAUAUGUGCAUGCCUUAUAUGAGUGAACUUUAGUGUUCUGAAAUAAAAAAUGUUCGGAAAAAAAGAAAA